AUAAGAGUUCAAACUUGAUGAGUCUUCUCUGUCCCAGGUCUUUGGUUCUUUGGAUUUUUAGAUAAGUUGCUGGAUUCGAUCAAAGAUAAAUGGAUUUUUAGCUCGGUCUAUUCCUGGUUGUGCGGCUGAAUUACUGCAGGUUGUCGAACCAAGGCAAAAAACUGAUUUCAAGGUUAAAAAGCUGUAGAAUGGCUCAGUAGAGAGUUAUUGUUUUUGAGUAGGCAUUAUCCAAAUUUUGCCAUUUGUUCCGUGCAUCUAUUUUUGAUUUAUUAAGAUCUAUAAAUGUUAUAACACUUACAUGGUGUCCAUCAUUGAAUCCAGAGGCAUCUAUUACUUGAGUGUAGAUUUUUUUUCCCUUUGUGUUGCUUUUGCUGGUUGUAAUUUGUGGAGCUAUAUCGCAUGACAUACCUCUUCUUUUUUUCAAUAGAUGUCUAUUUCUGCCACAGGAAAAUGGUUUCAGUCGAGUCGAAGGUUAAACGCAGAAGGUUGAUGAUGCCAGAUAAACUGGGUAAAUCUGGUGAAUCAUUCCCUACUAGUGAGUAUAAAGUGAAUAUGGGUGAGAAUGGUGAAAGUUCCCAUAAAGUGGCAACUCAAAGUAGGCUGACUAUAAGAACUGCCUGCAAUCCGAAACAGUUGUGGGUUUGUCAAAUCCAAAGGAAACCGCAAUUAAUAUGCGGUGCUUCUAACACAUUUCUUGUUAGAGUUAUGCGUAGAUGAAUUGGUCAUGUCACACUUCCUCUUCAUAUUCACCGGUCUACCAUCAAGAAUCCCCUUCAAAGCGGCAUUGUCAACAUUAGUAGUAUAUUUCUUGUCACUCUUGCCACUCUCUUCUCUCACACCUUACUUGGAGCAAACGAGGUCUCUUCUAAGAACUACAGUACCUGCAUGGUUCUUGUCCAUUAUACUCUUCCUCAUGCUAAACCUCUUCGCAAAUGAAUAGUAAGAGUAAAAGUUUUCCACUUCGUCAAUUGUUUCAAACUCAACAUCCUUCACAUCCUCAAAUGUCAGAUUCUUAUAGGGCUUCCCCUUCCCUCUGAUAAAUGCGCAAACUUGCAUUUGAACAGAU